AUGACUGGUUCUUACAAACAAAAAUUAUUAGUAAUUGGAAAAUCUAAGACUCCGAGAUGUUUUAAAAAUGUCAAAAACUUGACAGUCGACUACAAAAGCAAUAAAAAAGCAUGGAUGACCGGUGACAUAUUUUCCGACUGGUUAAAAGAAUGGGAUAAACAACUAGCAAAGGAAAAACGACAUAUCCUAUUGACUGUAGAUAAUUGUCCGGCUCAUCCUCCUGUUCAAACUGAAUUUAUAAAGUUGGUUUUUCUCCCUCCAAACACGACCUCUGUGUUACAACCUAUGGAUCAAGGUAUUAUUAAAGCAUUAAAAGUGAAAUUUCGGAAAAAAAACUAG